AUGAGCGCCCCCCAGAACAACCAGCAGGUCGCCGAGCACACCGACGACCUCCCCGAGGGAUGUCCACUAGCCUUGCAGGUUGACGGCUCCUUCUCCAUUCUCAUCCAUCUCUCCGCCCACCUCCUAGGAGCUCUCUGCGCUGCCCCGACGCCGCCUGACGCUGUCGGUCGCUGCGCUCCCUCCUAUCGCGCUAACCCCAGGCUCCGCCAGUUCGACCCCAACUACGGCACCUACUUCUACAUCAACACGACGGUGCAGCCGGCGCAGAUCACAUGGACGCACCCGGGCUCGAAGGACGGGGAGGCGCACCCCGAGCAAGUCCAGGCCGUGCAGAAGGUGGCGGAGGCGGCCUCCCAACUCCCCCAAGAGGAGCAAGAGCGUAUCGCGCAGCAGCAGACCGAGUUCCUGCAGCAGCAGGCCGAGGCGGCGAAGCAGGGCAAGGCCGCCGAGACAGGCAAGCACAGCGCGGCAAUGGAGGCGAAUGACCGCGGCCUGGGGUCUCUCCUUGGCCAUGCGCUCGCGGGCUCUAGUGGCAAGCAGAGCAGCGGCAUGAGCAGCAUGGGCGGGCUCGGCGCUGCGGCCGGCGGAGGCGGCGUCGGUGCUCUGCUAGGUAGCCUCCUUGGCUCCGCGGCUAGUAGCGGGAGGUACUCGAGCAGCUACUCGCACAGUAUGGGCCCGCCGCCCUUCAUGAUGGGCUCCGGGCUCGGCGGCAUGGGUAUGGGCGGCAUGGGCAUGGGCAUGGGCGGCCUCGGCGGACUGGGCGGCAUGGGCAUGAUGGGCGGCAGGCCCAUGGGCAUGGGAGGCAUGGGCAUGGGCCCCUUCGGCAUGAUGGGCGGCGGGAUGGGUAUGGGUAUGGGCGGAAGCCCCUUUGGCCUCGGCGGCAUGGGCAUGGGCCCCAUGGGCGGCGGCAUGAUGAUGGGCGGCCACCACGGGCACCAUGGCCACCACGGCGGCGGCUUCGGCGGCUUCGACGAUGACAGGUUCGACGACCGCCCCUCCUUCGGCGGCGGCGGUCACCACGACGGCGGCAACUUUGGUGGCCGCUUCUAA